UGUACUACUCUUUCAAAUUUUCAGUAGAUUUGAAAAUUCUCCAAAUGUUGAGAGGGGAAAAAAGACACAAAAUGAGUAAAACUGCUUGUAGGUUCAUUAAUUAAAGCCAGUAUCAGAACUAAAAGAAUAUACGGAUAUUCAUAACUCAUCUCAUUUACAGAUUGUCUACAAUGUGCCAGACUCUCUUAGUUGCUGAGAUACAGAGAUAAAAGAACUCCUUGGCCUUUACAGCUCUCUGCUCCGUAAGACAUCUCAAGUGAAUUGGCAGGUCAGAAAAGGUUUUCUGAAGCCCCCUGCCCCCACCCCGGCCCUUCGCAGGUCUGCAGGACUAAGCGUCUAGGCGGCGCACUCGUGGCAAAAAUCAAGAGCAGGAGGCAGCAAGGAUAGGUCCAGGAGAACGAAGAAAUGGAGCAACCUGUGCAGAAUGGAGAGGAAGACUGCCCUUUGGGAGGGGGCGAAGGCCACCAGCCAGCAGGAAAUAAUAGACAGGGACAGGCUCACCAACUUGCCCCUAAUUUCCAAUGGGCCAUACCCAAGAGGCAGGUCAACGAUGGGAUGUGUGGAGAUGGAGAUGAUAUGGAAAUGUUCAUGGAGGAGAUGAGAGAAAUCAGGAGAAAACAUAGGGAGCUGAAAUUGAGGAAUUGUCUGCGUAUCCUUAUGGGGGAGCUCUCUAAUCACCAUGACCAUCAUGAUGAAUUUUGCCUUAUGCCUUGA